AAAUCUUGCAUGCAGCUGCUGUGCAUAGAAUCACAACAUCGUGACUGUGGAUCUCGGGAUUGGUGUUGGUAUCACGGGCAAAAGAAGUAUAUAAGAGGAUCAACCGUAUGAAGACAUUACUCUGAAAGUAUUUCCUCAACCCUCAGACAUGAAAGCUACACUGUUUCUCGUCAUUGUCAGUGUCUCUGUUGCUGUGAUCUACAGCGAGUCCUGUAGGGAUGAUAGUGACUGUACUCACGUGACCUGUGACAGUUCCUCGAGACUUGCCUGCUCUCAUGGACUAUGCACCUGUCUGGUUGCAGCUAAUGCUGGUUCCUGCUUUUCAGCCACAUGUACCGCCCGCGCCGACUGCGACAGCUGUCAGUGUAGAGACAGCCAUGCAGAACGUCAUUGCUUCGACGGCCACUGUCUUUGUGGACAUGGGUUUGGACCUGGCGUCGGAAAAUAAAGGAGAGACUCUCUUGGAAAGAAUUCAUACCUUAUACAUGUGUAAAAUAAAUUUUUGAUACAA